GCCAAAUCUGAAGACCUUAACUCUGGAAGUCAAAUAAAUUUUGAAGAGUAUGAAGAGAUUUGUUCUAAACAACCAAAUUGAAUUGUUGAACUGGCUGGGAAGAUUACAACAUUUUAAAACUGCAUCAUUGUAUUCAGAUAAAUUAGAGCCAUACAAUACUUCUGUAAUCAUCAACAAAAAGAAGCAGAACAUCAAAGAAAUAUCAGAACUAAAAUUCAACCUCGAUCUCAAAGAACACAUCGAACUGCUGAAACAGCUAAUCCCAUACAAAAUGCCUCCUCUCCAAGACCUAACUUUUGACUUAGACAAAACUCUUCAAAACACUGAACUACUGAAUGAAUUUCUUUCAAAUUCAAUUUGAGGCCACAUUUUAACCAAUUCCUCUUGCCUUAUCCAAGUCUUUAACUUCCGUGCUCCAAACUCCUUUCUCUCGAUAUCUCCCUACAUGGCCUCCCUCCCCAAGGUGUUGCCCUUGGUUUCUGAAGCAGCUGGCUUUCGAGACUUUUCCUUGGAGAAGGCCGAGUUCGAAGACCUCCUGGCCGCAGCUAAAAAUGUGAAGAAGGUGGAGAUUUCCUGGUGCAGCAUUGAAGGCAGCGGCCAACUGGAUUUCGGAGAUAAGCUAGAAGGAUCAACUUUUGAAAUCUUAGAUUUUUGGGGCACGAUCUUUAAGAGCGAAGGAGAUGAUAGGACUAGUUUCAUGAAUAUAGUGAAGGGGCUGGCGGAAGUGGAGAGUGUGAGGAGUAGAGAGGUGAAGAUUAGGUCGACUUAUUGUAAAUGGAACAAGAAGAAAGCUCAAGAGGUUCUGGAAAAAUAUGGAUUGACAAAAAUGAGUCUGGAUGGGAAUUAGAGAUGAUGUGGGUAUUGAUAAGUUUGGAAUUUUGGUGCUCAA